AUGGCGUGGCGCGGGGGGCGAGGGGGACGCGGAGGCCGCGGAGGGUUCGGAGGGAGAGGCGGCGGGGCUGGUGCAGUGGCACGGGACGAUGAGGGGUCGAUCGUGUUUGCGGGUCGCGACGAAGGGCCCCCGCCAUUGUUUCCGCCUGUGGAAAUGCUGCCCGAGCUGCCCGAAAUCGCUCCCAAGGACGAGGCGAUGCUGCAGCGGCGGCGGCGCAUGGCGUCGUUCUGGCGCUACUCCGCCUACUACGUCGACCGCCCUCCGCCCGACAAGGGAGUGGCGGCGGACAUAGCAGCGUACACGAAGCGCCACAGCGGCUCUUCCGGCGCCACCGCCUCUUCGUCCUCUGCGCCCCGUGCUUCUCUCACCGACGUCAUGGACCUCUCCAUCGCUCACUACCCCGCUGAACUCCUCUCUGCUGGAGGCAAGAAGAAAGUUAGGAAGAAGAGCAGCAACGCAUGGGUGGUCGGCAAGGGGUCAGCUGCCAAUGACCUAAACCGUCUGGACCAGCUUGCAACACUGGAGCAGAAGCUAGACAAGAACGCAGCGGACCGGGAAGGCAAGGACGAAGAGAAGAAGGAGGGGGAGGACAAUGAGGAGGUGGAGGAGGAAGAAGAGGAAGAGGAGAUAGGGGAGGAUGACUACGCUCAAAACUUUGGGUUUGAUGAUGACGAUGAGUACCUGGAUGAAGACGAUGGUGCUGAUGAGGGCCCUGUGUUCUAA